CACAGCGAGGCAGAAACGGUCCGGGAGAAAGACCAACCCCACCGGAUUCGCAUCCUGACAACAACGCGGAGCUUUGCGCAAAAACGCCAAUGCCGCACUCGGACUUUAUGGAGGAUUAAAGCAUUUCAUCGACUCGGAAAAAGAAAGACAGAUUCUGCAACUUGACCUGUUAGCUCAAGCUUUGAGCUCGACACUUCGGUCCAGCGCCCGGAGCAGAGUCCUGAUCGAAGAUGAAGAGCCUGGAGGAGCCCCCCUACCUCACUGUGGGGACGGAUGUCAGUGCCAAGUACCGCGGGGCGUUCUGCGAGGCCAAGAUCAAAACCGCCAAGAGGCUGGUGAAGGCCAAGGUGACCUUUAAGCAGGACUCCUCCACAGGUGAGGUGCACGACGAGCACAUCCGGGUCUGGACUGAUGUGUCUUUCAGGUUGGUGCUACUGUGGACAGUUCGAAAACCAGAUGGAAUUUAUCAAGAAGCUACUAUCAACAAAUUAACAGAUGCCAGCCUGUAUACAGUGGUGUUUGAUGAUGGAGAUGAGAAGACUCUGAGACGCUCCUCUCUGUGUCUGAAAGGGGCGCGGCACUUUGCAGAGAGCGAGACUCUAGAUCAGCUCCCGCUCACUAACCCAGAGCACUUUGGCACGCCCGUUAUCGGCAAGAAGAGCAACCGAGGGAGACGGUCCAAUCGCAUCCAAGAGGAGGACACGUCUUCGUCCUCCAGUGAGGAAGAGGAGGGUGACCAGCGGCAGAACGACGAGCUGCUGGGGAAGGUGGUGUGUGUGGACGCCGUCUCCGUCGGCGACAAGAAGACCCCCCUGUGGUACCCGGCGAUGGUAAUUUCCCCGGACUGCCGGGACGAGUCCCAGAUGAAGAAGGACAGCGUGCUCGUCCGCUCCUUCCAGGACGGGAAAAUAUACACAGUGUUACGGAAGGACGUCAGAGAGCUGAACACAGACGUGACUCUCAAAGCGGACACAGGGCUCAAGCCAGCCCUGGACAGUGCCCUGGACUUCCUGCGGCGAGGGGCGGUGCCCGGGGUCUGGAGGACCGAGCUGAAGGAGGAGUCCUCCAGCAGCGAGGAAGAGGAUGAUGGGGAGGAAGAGGAGCAGGAGGAGGAUGCCAGCAGUGAGGAAGAGGAAGAGGAGGAAGUGGAGCCCUUCCCAGAGGAGAGGGAGAACUUCCUGCAGCAGCUCUACAAGUUCAUGGAGGACCGAGGCACUCCCAUUAACAAGCGGCCGGUGUUGGGCUACAGGAACCUGAACCUCUUCAAGCUCUACAGGCUGGUGAACAAGCUGGGAGGGUUCGACAACAUUGACAGCGGCUCCGUGUGGAAGCAGGUGUAUCAGGACCUGGGCAUCCCCGUCCUCAACUCCGCCGCCGGGUACAACGUCAAGUGUGCCUACAGAAAAUACCUUUACGGAUUCGAGGAGUACUGCACGUCGGCCGGGAUACGCUUCCGGAUGGAUCUCCCACAGAAGCUGGCGGAGAAACCGGUCCCCAGGCUGGAGAGGAGGGCCGAGACGGAGCCCGGGGCCCCCGGCCCUCGAACCCGAGCCGAGCAGAGCCCCCGCACAGAGAGCAAGGCCCUGGAGGCUCCGCCCAGCAUCUGCAAGGAGGAGACGACCUCUGACCCCAGCGGCCCCGGAAACUGCAAACCCGAGGCGGUCACGCCGAAGAGAGAGGAAGCCGAGGAGGAGGAAGAGGACGAUUGCCAACGAGAGGAGGAAGACUGUGACAGGCCUCCGGGCCCCUGGGCAGAUGACGUGAGGCCGGAUGGUUACGGCCCCCGAGAGGAGAAGGAGAAAUCGGGGGAUGACAGCAGUCAGGAGGGGGAAGGGGAGGAGUUUGAGAGUUACCCCGCUGGGAUGAAGGUGCAGGUGAGGUAUGGGCGAGGCCGCACUCAGAAGACGUACGAGGCCACAGUGAAAGAGUCUGACCUGGAGGGGGGCCAGGUGCUGUACCUGGUGCACUACUGUGGCUGGAACAUCAGGUAUGACGAGUGGAUCAAAGCGGACAAGAUCAUACGGCCGGCCAAUAAGAACGCACAGAAAGUCAAGCACCGCAAGAAAAUAAAGAACAAAGCAGAGCGGGAGAAAGAGCUGCUGGAGCGGCUGGGGGAGGGCGGGGGCCUCUCCCCCGGGAGGAAUCACCGUCUGCUCCGGCACGGCGGACCCCUCCACCCCUUCUCCCGGCCGGACGGGAAAGGGCCCGACUCCUCGCCCGGGAAGUCCCUGGAGGUGUCGUCCGUCAACGGCCUUCCAGGCUCUGAGAGCUCGUCAGAUGAGGACACCGACAGAGAAGAGGACGAGGAUGAGGACGGAGACAACGAGGAAGACGAGCUGGUGCCCGGCGGGCUGGGCGGCCCUGCCGAUGACCCUCGGGCCGUGGAGCGCAGGGAGGGUGGGCCACCACCAGAGGGCGCCAGAGGAGGAGCGGCCACGCCGGGGGCGGCGGGCCGGAAUGCAGAUGUGCAGGACUGCAGGCCUCAACAGGAGCCUGAGGGAGAGAGAGGAAUCGGCUCCCGGAGGAGGCGAGCCUCCAAAACCAGAGCCAGAGGCGGCAUGGGGAGAGGAGACUGGCUCCCGAGCGGCUCCCCCUUGAGGCCGGAGGACCGAACCGCGGGCUCCAGAGACGAGGCCAGGCUCAUGUCCAGCAGCAGUUCGGAGGACGAAGAUGAGGAAGGGGGAGGAAGAGCCUGUCGGGAGCCGCGGCCAGAGGAAGGGUCGAGGCAGCGCGCCCGGUCCAAAGCCACGCCCUCCCGGAAGUACAAUGGGCUGAAGGAGAAGACGAAGGCGGGUCGGCCCUCGCCGUUCUGGGAGGUGCCGGAGAAGAGGCCGAAGUUAACGCUGGGGUCAGAGGAGCGGCUGCCCGGCAGGACGAAGGGGCAGAAGGACAUGUGGUGCAGCAUCCAGCCCCAGUGGCCCAAGAAGACCCUGAAGGAGCUGUUCUCCGACUCUGACACCGAGGCCGCAAAUUCCCCCCCGCCGCCCCCGACGCCCGCCCCGGCCUCCGAGGACCCGCGGGAAGAGGACCCCGGCGUGGCGGAGGCGGCCGACGAGGACCGGGAGGCGUCCGACGUGAAGCCGGAACCGGAGAAGACACGGGAGUUCCUGAGCAGCGGGAGCAACUCAGUGCUGAACACGCCCCCCACCACCCCCGAUUCGCCCACGCAGGCCCCGACUGUGGUGGAGGCGGAGUCGACCCCUGCCCCGCCCCCGCCCCCCUCGGGCCCUCCCCCUCCCCCCCGGCGGGCGGAGAGCGUGGGGGGCCGCAGCGAAUCGGACGGCAGCACGGUGGAGGUGGAGAGCCUGGGGGCGGAGCUACAGGAGCUCCAUCCGCCCGAGGACAGGCCCGGCUCGCCCCCGUUGGCCUUCGACGGCGGCUUCUCGUCCAAUAGCAACAGCAACUGCAGCCUGGCGCUCAGCGGCAGCAGCCAACAGGACAGCGAGCAGAGAGACAAAGCGGUGACCAACCAGAAGAGGCAGAGAGACCAGCAGCCAGUCGCCAGCCCCCCCAAGAAACAAAAACGCAGCCACAAAAACGGUGGAACACAUCUGAAAAAGAUCCGGAAAACAGCACACAGCAGCGACAGCGAGGACCAGGUUGGCGACAGCCCCGGUAAAUCUCCCUCCUCCAAGGCCAACAUGGCCGCCCUCCGGCCUGGGGGGAGGUCGCCCCCUGCUGGCCACCACAAGUACCACAAGCCCGGCGACCCUGACCACCACCCCCACCACAGGGAGAGCCACGCCCGCUCGCCCAGGGUCUACAAGUGGAGCUUUCAGAUGUCGGACCUGGAGAAGAUGAGCGGUCUGGAGCGGAUCUCGUUCCUCCAGGAGAAGCUGCAGGACAUCCGGAACCACUACCUCUCCCUGAAGUCCGAGGUGGCCUCCAUCGACCGGAGGAGAAAACGCAUGAAGAAGAAGGAGCGGGAAAGUGCGGCGGCUGCGUCCUCUUCAUCCUCCUCCUCCUCUUCCUCUCCCUCGUCCAGCUCGCUGACGGCGGCUGUCAUGUUGACUCUGGCCGACCCCGUAUCGGGGUCCUCGCAGAACGGGGGGGUGUCGGUGGAGUGCAGGUGACAGGGUCCCCCGGCCUUCCCCCCGCCCCCUCCCCGGAACCCAAACGACUGAUCACACAGACUACUGAGGCACAAAACACGCUCAACCCAACCAGGAAACCCGGAGAGCCAUUUCCUGUCGACUGUUGUUGUUCUCCUGGCAAGCUAACUCUGCACUUAAGUGCACUUUUAUGAAGGAGGGGAGGGGGGAGUUGGGGAAGGGGGUAAGCAAAGGAAAAAAAAAAAAAAAAAGUACAACAGACAUGGUAUUUCGUUGGUGUUAAAAAGUUUUUUUUUAUGGUUGUUUUCUUCAAGCAAUAAUUGUUUUCAAUUUGCUUUUGUGGAUUUAAGUUGUGUUGUGUGUGCACGUGUGUGUCUUUUGGAGUGCGUGCAUGGGGGGAGGUGUGUGUGUGUAUGUGCGUGCGCGCGUGUGUUUGUUUGUGGGUGUGGGUGUGGGUGUGUGUGCAUGUGUAGUGUGUUUUUAUGGUCUUUCACAGAAGGGGUUUCCCUGUAGCUGACCGUAGCCCUGGAAGCUGAACAAUGUUUCUGUUUGCUGGACCAUCACACAACGUCACCACACUUAACAAUGAACUACACCUAAUAUAUGAGCCCUUUAAAGCUUUCUCAUCCCCUGUGUUUCCAUCUCUCUCUCUCUCUCUCUCUCUCUCUCUCUCUCUCUCUCUCUCUCUCUCUCUCUCUCUCUCUCUCUCUCUCUCUCUCUCUCUCUCUCUCUCUCUCUCUCUCUCUCUCUCUCCUUCCCUUUACAUUCUCACUCACAGAGGCUGAGUAGGUUGUUGGAAACUCUCCUUCUGCAGUAAAGAUGGUCAUUGGGCCUCAAAGAUCCACACUAGCGGGAGGGCGUAUCUGUGGGCUCCUAUUUCCGGAAGACCCCAGUGCAGAAUUGUUCUGUAACAGCGCUUUCCUAGAAAUGCUGAAGACUUCAGCUUUUAAUCGUGCUGUUGCUCACCUGACAAAUAGCAUCUGUUGAGUUUGCUUGGUUUAAACUCUCAUCGUUAAGUCGAGCUUCAUUCACACCACAUCCCCAGCUUACAUACCGGAGUGUAACAGAACCGCACACUCAUACUGCUAAUAGAUAAAUAUCCACUGUCACUACAACUACGAAACUACGAAACUACAACACAUGGAGGGAGACAAUCAAAUGAAUUUUUUUUCUUGGUGCUUUACCUCUGUGAAGAGUGUUUUCUGGCAAGUCGGUGUUCUAGAACUCCACUGCUUUCAGUCACCGGUAGUGAUUGUGACAUCAUCAGCAUUAGAAUGUUCAGUUAAGAACAUUCCAAUCGCGUCAUUGGGACCGAAUCGGGAAAGAAGGACCGUUACAGUUGUUGAAUUGCUGGUGCGCUUGUACAAGAAUACCUGUUCCAGAACAUGUUUGCGGUGUGGUGCACCGUUGUGUUCUAUCGUACCUAGGACAGUGCUGCCACCUUCUGUCUUGUGAGCCACACUGCAGAGGAAGUGAUCUCCUGAAACAUUCUCUGUUACUCACCAUCGAAAUUGCCCUCUCACCCUUUCUUUCUCUUUCUCUCUUUCUCUGUAUCUCACUAUCUCUUUCUCUCUCAAGUUAUUUAAAUGAAUUUCAGUAAUUUUACCAACUUUCCCCCCCAAUAGUCAUAUUGGCAUUAGUUUGACCUCUGGAAUAACACCUCCCCCCCCCCCCAAUCCUUUCUUUAACAAAAAAAUAAAAAAGUUGUACAUGGAGUAUUUUGACCUGCCAGUUAAACAGUGACAGUAUGCUAAAGAUCAUUCAGGAAGUGAAGAGAUGUCGUGCUGCGUUUUGGGUUCUGCCGAGGCCUCCAGUCCGUUUCCCCGUGUACACACUUCCUGCUCUUGUCAGACGGAAGGCGUGUUCUUUGACACUCGCAUUAAUUGUAUGCCUUUGUAAUAUGUUUGUAUAUUGAGAAGUGUGUUUCAAGUCGAGCUAUUUAAUAUCUUGCACCGUUAAUACUAUGUACGUUUCUGUACAGACCGUGAGUGUUUUACGUGUAGUUUUCCGUGUAAGCCCUCAGAGGGCCCGAGCAUGUCUCUCUCUCUUUUAUUUCUCUUCUUUUCUUCUGUGGUGUGCGAGUUUCAUCCAGUUACCCUUUUCUUUUCUUCAUAUUUUUGUAGAAAGGUCAACUUUGUGUUUUUUGUUUUCUUUCCCAUUGGCUUGUGCUCGUAUGAGAAGCUUCGUUUUUUUUGUUGUUGUUUUUUUUAAAGGUGCGUUCUAAAAAAAAAAAAAAAGAAAAAAAAGUAUUUUGCAACUUGUACAUGGGCUGUAAAGUUUUAUGAAUCUUUACAAAAAAAAUGUCUGAGGACAGAGAGAGAGGCACAAAGCUCCUAUGAAAGCUCUAAAGUAUUUAUUAGAUUCUGCUCAUGGAUCUUGUGUAAUUUAUUGUACAAAUGUAAGCAAAGACAGACGCCUCUGUUGAAAAUAAAUGCCAUAGUUUGAA